AGCUCAAUCUUCAUGAGUUCCUACUGGAAUUUUAUGAUGAAUUGAAGGACCUGGAGAAAUCAAAGUUAUAUACAGAAUAUAAACUUGCAUUUAUAUUUGAUGGACUUGAUGAGAGUCGACUGCCUUUGAAUUUUAAAAGUGAAGAAUUGAAGAUGGUUGAGAAAAGAUCAUCUGUAGAUGUGCUGUUUACAAGUCUGGUGAAAGGCAAGCUGCUUCCAUCAGCUCUUGUGUGGGUGACAUCACGACCAGCAGCAGCCAAUCAGAUCCCUCCUGAGUAUGUGGGUUUAUUUACAGAGGUGCAAGGAUUCAAUGACCAACAGAAGGAGCAGUACUUCAGAAAGAGAAUCAAAGAUGAGAAUCUGGCCUCCAAAAUCAUCUCACACAUUAAGACGUCUCGUAGUCUCUACAUCAUGUGCCACAUUCCUGUGUUCUGCUGGAUCACGGCCACAGUACUUCAAAAUAUUCUCAUCAAGAACAGUGAAGAGAACAUCAGCACAACACUGACCGAAAUGUACAUUCACUUCCUGCUGAUACAGAUGAACAUGAAGAGCCAGAAAUAUGAUGAAAAAGCAGAAAGACAACGCACAAAGCUUUUACGUUUAAAUAAAGAAAUGAUUUUGAAGCUAGCCAAACUAGCAUUUGAACAGCUGAAGCAGGAAAACAUUGUGUUCUAUGAGGACGAUCUGAAAGCAUGUGAUAUUGAUGUGAGUAAAGACACUGAGUUCACAGGAAUGAUCGCUGAGAUCUUUAAGAUGGAAGAUGGACUUCAUGAGACAAAAGUCUACUGCUUUGUGCAUCUGAGUGUUCAAGAGUUUCUCGCUGCAGUGCAUGUGUUCAUCUGCUACCUGAACAAAAACAUGCAGGAGCUUCAGUUUUUCUUUGACAAGCCAGAAGAAAAUAUCACAUUGCAGGAGCUACUGCAGAAGGCUGUUAAUAAAGCCAUGAAGAGUCAGAGAGGACAUCUGGACCUGUUCCUGCGCUUUCUGAUGGGCAUUUCACUGAAAUCCAGUCAAAACCUGCUCCAAGGCCUGAUCACACACACUGAAGACACCACAGAGAGCAUCACAAAAACAACUGAAUACAUUAAACAAGAACAAAAUAAGGAUGGUAUCUCAGAUGAAUCUUUAGUUAACCUAUUUUACUGCUUACUUGAGCUCAAAGAUCAUUCAUUAUAUGAGGAAAUCCAGAGUUACCUCAGUUCAGAUGAACAUCCAGGAAGAAACCUCUCAUCUUCAAUGUGCACAGUGCUGACAUACGUACUGCUCAUGUCAGAGAAGGUGCUGGAUGAGUUCAACCCAAAGAGGUUCACGUCACCUUCAAACUACAAGAGACUCAUCCCAGCUGUGAGAUGCUGCAGAAAAGCACUAUUUGACAGGUGUGGUUUUGAUGAAACAUGCUGUGAAACUGUGUCUUCUGCUCUACAACAAUCAAACUCCCAUCUGACAGAGCUGGACCUGACUAGCAAUCACCUGAAAGAUUCAGGAGUGAAGCUGAUUUAUGAUGGACUGAAGAGUUCACACUGUCGACUGAAUAUACUGAGGCUGUGUGGGUGUGAUCUCACUGAUCAGUCCUGUGAAAGUUUAUCUUCAGCUUUACAGUCAUCAAACUCUGUCCUGAGAGAGCUGGAUCUGAGUAACAAUGACCUGCAGGAUCAUGGAGUGAAGCUUCUUUCUGAUGGACUGAAGAGUCCAAACUCUAAACUGGAGAUAUUGAGAUUGUCCAUAUGUAAUCUCACUGCUCAGUCUUGUGGGAGUUUGUCAUCAGUUUUGAAAUCCUCAAACUCUGUCCUGAAAGAACUGGAUCUGAGUAACAAUGACCUGCAGGAUUCUGGAGUGAUGCUUCUUUCUGAAGGACUGAAGAGUCCAAACUUUAAACUGGAGAUAUUGAGAUUGUCCAUGUGUAAUCUCACUGCUCAGUCUUGUGAGAGUUUGUCAUCAGUUUUGAAAUCCUCAAACUCUAAACUGAAAGAACUGGAUCUGAGUAACAAUGACCUGCAGGAUUCUGGAGUGAUGCUUCUUUCUGAAGGACUGAAGAGUCCAAACUGUCAGCUGGAGAUACUGAGGUUGUCUGGCUGUAUGGUGACAGAGAAAGGCUGUCAUUAUGUGUCUUCAGCUCUGAGUUCAAACCCCUCACACCUGAGAGAGCUGGAUCUGAGCUACAAUCACCCAGGAUAUUCAGGAGUCAAGCUGCUUUCUAGAAAACAUAAGGAUCCAAACUGCAAACUGGACAAACUCAAUGUGGAUCAUGGAGGAGAAUCCAGGAUUACAGCAGGACUGAAGAAAUAUGCCUGUUUUCUCACACUGGAUCCAAAUACAGCACACACUCGACUUAUUCUGUCUGAGGAGAACAGAGAGGUGACAUGGGUGGAAGAAAAUCAGUCGUAUCCUGAUCAUCCAGACAGAUUUGAUGUGUUUCCUCAGGUGUUGUGUAGAGAGAGUGUGUGUGGACGCUGUUACUGGGAGAUUGAGUGCAGUGGAGAUAUUGUGUGUAUAUCAGUGUCAUAUAAGAGCAUCAGCAGGAAGGGAGAGGGUCUUGAGUGUUUGUUUGGACAUAAUGAUCAGUCCUGGACUUUGUUCUGCUCUCCUGACAAAUACUCAUUCAUACACAAUAACAGAGAGAUUGUUCUCCCUGUGAAGCCCAUCUUCAUCAGUACAAUAGGAGUGAGUGAUGAUGAUGAUAUCUAUAGAACAGGAGUGUAUGUGGGUGAUGAUGAUGAUAUCUAUAGAGUAGGAGUGUAUGUGGAUGUGAGUGCAGGAACUCUGUCCUUCUACAGCGUCUUGAGAAACACAAUGAGACACAUCCACACAGAACAGAUCACAUUCACUGAGCCGCUCUAUCCUGGGUUUAUUGUUUAUCUUGAUUCAUCAUUGAAACUGUGUUGAUGAAUGAGAAUAGACUGAUGAGAGACUGUACCCAUAAGGGGUAGAAACUAUAAAUAUGAAGUUUAUUAUAAAUAUUAUUAUAUUUUAAUCUUUUUUA